AACUCCUCGACUCCCCACGAAUUGCAUCAUCGGCUGCGAUUUCUUGUGGAUUUUAUCGCAGGAGCGGACGUCGAACCGCCAUGAAAGCUGCACGUUCGGAAUAUUCACACAAUUAGCUCCUGAAUGGUACUCCUCUUAGGAGCUGGGAGUCAGUGUGCAUGGAGGAAAAGUGAAGAAGCUCGUGAUGAAGCGUGAACGAUCAUCGGCGCCGAGGGGAGAGCGUUUUCCGCCGAUUUCCCAUCACCAUCUGAUCUGUGCCUCUACCCUGAUGUUGCUGCAUCUGUUUCUCAACGUUUAAUGGCGACCCAGUUGGUCGAGUUUGCAUUCUGGCUUGUUUCUGGACUGUUGUGUAGCGUUGUGAGAUGUUGGAGAGGGUUGGCAGAGUGGGAGGAUUUGUGCGAGCAGGGAUCGUUGGUGAGAUUGAGUACCAUGUAAUUGGUGUGGUGUGAUAUGGGUUCGGUAAGGUAGAGGCUGCAGAGGCUGUAGGACGCGCGAUUAUUCCCGGUUGAGAGGGUAGUGUCAUUUUUGCACCCACUGCACCAAUGGUGCGGGCGGAGAUGCACGUCAUGGUGUUGACGGCGGAGGAUUUGAAAAGAGAUGCUGGGUUUAGGAAGAUGAGUGUGUACUGCGUGCUGUGGAUCGACCCCGCUAUGAAGCAAUCGACGCGGGUGCAUCACAAAGGGGGCCGGUACCCAGAGUGGAACGACGUGCUAGUUUUUAAUCUGGGAGAGGAUGUGUCGCUAUUUCCUCAUUCGGUCAUCACCAUACAGGUGUUCAGCCAGGGCAAAAGAAAACAGAAGUUGCUAGGAACCACCUUCCUUCCGUUCGCUGAGAUUGCAAGAAUAAAAGCAAUGAGAGAUGAUCCUGAGGAGCACGAUUGUGUGCAAUUGCAGCUGACUACUCCUUCAGGUCAAGCGCAAGGUUACCUCAGCCUUUCCAUCAGUCUAAUAGAUAGGAGUGAAGCAUUUUCAACCAGUGCAUUCUUAUCUUUGCAUCCAAGUAGCCUACCUGUAAUGGGGUAUCCUGUGGGCUCACCUAUUGACAUGGCCCAUCACAGCACACCUCAAUUUCCAUCUGCUCCACCUGAAAUGCACCACCAAGUAACCAGCAGCACUUACCAAGCAUCAAGCAAUGGAUUGAAUUUUAGUGGGCCUACCCAGCCUGCAGAAGCUGUUCCAUAUUAUCCUCACAAUCUGGAAGGGGGCUCAACAUAUAUAGAAACCCCACUGCCCUAUCAUCCCUUCAUGGAUAGAAGACCAGCACAGCAGACUGCUGGGAAGAUUGCACUGGCAUUGUUAGGAGGUGCUAUCAGUGGGUUUGUCAUUGGAGACAUCCUUGGAGUAGUCUUUUGAUGGCCAUUCAACAAAUUCAACAAGCUACUCAGGCUUCCACAAUGGACCCCACAUGCACAAAGUCAACAAUGUUCAUGAUUCUCAUCACCCAGAGGUUGUGCCAAUUUCAAGCAAUACAGGUGCUCAACACAUGCCUUGUUACUCUGCUAGGGACUUGAAGAAAUAGCUGCUAGCCUUUCACUUGAAGUGUAUAAAAUUCUAGAAGAAAAUAACCUUUGGUGACUUACUAGAUGGGUCAUGCCUGCCACCAAUGCCAUGCAUGAGGUGUGUGGCCAACUUAUGCUCCAAGUUGCCACUGGCACCCUUUGAAGUUGGGCUACUAUUUUGCUGGAUAGUUCACAAUUAUAGAAUCAACUCAUUUUAGAGCAGGCUUUGACCACAACUGGUGUGGGCCUGCAAUGCAUCAUGAUAGGAGAUAAUCACAAUGUUUGAAGGUUUUUGAAAUCUGAACUAGAUUGGACUAUGGUGAUUUAAAAUAAAAAAUAAUUUGUGGGGGUAUUUGAACUACAUUGGCUUCACCACCAAAUGUAACAGGGUGCCCAUGUGACCAUCUCUCUAUGUAUUAUCCCAAUAAAUGCAGUCAGAAGGAGUUUGCCAUUCA